AUCGAUCUCGAGUCAUUUUCCGAGCAGCUCGCUUUACGUGAUCUGAGUCUUUACGAUAACCAGCUUCCUUUUAUUAAGCGAGGCAUCUUCAAAGGCUUGCACCAAUUAACUUAUUUAGGCCUUUACAGGGGAAAUAUCAGUUCUAUUGAAGAAGAUUCGUUUUGUGAAUUAGAGAAUUUGGAAAUUUUGUAUUUACCUGGUCUUCAGCUAACGAUUCUACAAAAUAAUUCGUUGCGUGAUCUCCAAAAACUAACUUACUUAAGUUUAAAGAGAAAUAGAAUUUCUAUUAUAGAAGCUGAUGCCUUUUCUGGCUUAACUGCACUAAAGAGUUUAAAUUUGGCUGAUAAUUUUCUUACAACAAUUCAAAAGGAAACAGUGAAGGAUCUUCUCAAUCUCAGUUUCUUGACUCUCUGGAAUAAUAUUAUCAACUUCAUCGAAACUUCAACAUUUACUAGUCUUUCUCUUUUAGAGACUUUGGAUUUAGAAAACAACCGCCUUACCUUUAUAGACCAGUCAAUGUUUGCUGGACUCGUUAAGUUAACAACGCUUAUUCUCAGUAAUAAUCGCAUUUGCUCGAUUGAGGAUUCUGCGUUUACCCAUCUACAUUCUCUGAAAUAUUUGAGUUUAGCAGGAAACCAACUAACUGCUCUUAGUAAAGAAUUGUUCCAAGGCGUGAAAGGAAUUACUCAUUUAGCGCUCGGCACUAACAGGAUAACAGCCAUUACUAAAGACAUGUUCCAAAAUCUGCCAAAUUUAAAAUAUCUCGAUCUCCAAAACAACAGCGUUAUCGCUAUCGAGAAGGAAUUUCUCUUCCAUCUCACUACCUUGCAGUUUUUGAACUUAGAAAACAGUAUCAACUCUACGAACGGAACAUUUUUUGACCAGGAAAGCUUAUAUUGCAGUGAACUUUCUUUUUACGAUGGAUCUCUGGAAGGAAUAACGUACAGCGGGAACAUACUUGAUAUUAGUUGGAAUAGUAAAAAUAAUAGAAAUCUCAGUGAGUACAACAUCGUCGAUAAGCAAGUAUAUUCUAAUCAUUGUUCCUUAGAAAGCUUGGAGUUGGCUGGAAACGGAAUAAGUUUUAUCAAAAGAGAAACUCUGCUAGGUUUAGCGAGUUUGACCUCCUUAAAUUUGGCUAAUAACUUAAUUAGCACGAUAGAAGAUGGUUCAUUUUCCUACUUACGAUUAUUAAAAAGUUUAGAUUUAUCUCAUAACCAACUUCAAAGAGUCACAAAAGAAGACUUAAAAAAUCUUUUUCACCUCACUUAUUUGAAUUUAUUGCAAAAUUCGAUUGAUUCUAUAGGAAACCACACCUUUUCCCAGACGACUAGCUUGGAAGAAUUAAUUCUUGGUUACAACGGCAUUGACUCCCUUGAAAACUCUUUAUUUAUUAAUUUGAGUGCUUUAAAAGAAUUAGACUUGUCUGGUAACAAACUUGGUUUAUUGGAAAAGCAAAUAUUUCAGCAACUCGGCCGCCUGACCAGUUUAUUCCUUCAAAGUAAUAGCAUCGUGACUAUCGAAGACUCAGUUUUUUCCAAAUUGAAAAACUUGAAGCAAUUAGAUCUUUCUCGCAACCGACUCGCCCUAAUAAAAAAUGAGUCGUUCAAAGGUCUUUCUUACUUGACCAGAUUAAAUCUUAAACAUAAUAGCAUCACAUAUAUAGAAGACGCUUCUUUUUCUGAACUCCAUGAAUUAUUAAUUUUAAAUUUAGCACAGAAUGGACUAACUUUAAUAACAAAGGAAAUGUUGCAGGGCCUUCACAGUUUAACGGAAUUACAUCUUAAUAACAAUAGCAUUUAUUCUAUCGGAAGCACUUUGUUUUCCGAUUUGUGGGGCCUUAAAUACUUGGAUCUUACUGCGAAUAGCAUCCACUUACUUAAGGAGUACGCAUUUUCGGUUCUGCGCGUUUUAGAAGAGCUCUAUAUGGAUAAUAACUCAAUAAAAGUAAUCCCAUAUCGAGCAUUCUAUGAACUAACAGAAGUGACAACCUUGUAAGUUUCGCUACUAAAAUUGUAAAAAUCUCUACGAAACAAUCCCAUCAAUG